AUGGAAAACGAAUGCAAAUGGCCAGUGCUUCGAGGUGUUCACGAGAGUCCGCCUAUCAACACCCCUCGCUUCAGGUGCUACUACCAUCCACUACUAGUCAACACCGUUGGCAAGGUCAUUAUAGGUGAGGCCAAGAAGGUCAAAUUCGAUGAACCGAUGGAAGUCCGCCAUAACCAAAUAGUCGUGGAAUGUUAUCGUGACUCAGCACCCGAAGAGUGUGCUCUACAGGAAGGCGUUCAUAAACAUCCCUCUCUAUACCGGACCAGAAGAGGAAUCGAAAUUCGUCAAAAGCGAUCCGGAACAAACCUCGCGUUGGCGAUACUCGUUUCGCACUCAGUGUCGUUACAUCUUUCAAGAGGAGUCUGCAAAACACACCAAUUUCUCAUCGACAGCCCACGAAUUUCUCUUCGUGUUCAAUAUGUACAUCAUGAGGCUCAGUUUUUUUAA